AUAUCAAUAUAAUUUUUUUUACUACGUUAGUUCCAUUUCUUCAUCUUCCAAAACACACUCCCACGGUUUCUCUACCCUGCUUGCCCUAGAUCCAUGGCCUUCUUCUCCAUACUUUGCUUCUCUUGAUGAGUUUCAGUGCUACCCUUUUCCAUUCUUACGCUUUGGGUGCCGAAAAAUCCUUCAGGAGCUCUGUAUCAAGUUUGAAAUCUACUCUCACAAGGUUUUUAGGAUCUGGGUAUUGUUGUAAAUUUGCAAGCUCUUAUAUCUUCUGGAUUGUAAAUUAGCAGGUUUUGCACUGUGGGAACUGUUAUUCUGUGCAAGUAACUCUCAUUUUCAAGUUAUCAGUGUUUUGCUUCAAGUGGGUAGGGUAAAGUAGUGAUUUUUGUGGCCUCAGGUUUGAUUUGUCGAAUUGAGGGUUUAUCUGAUAGUUAGAUUCUGUAUCUUCUUGGUGUUUUAUGGAUGGGUUGUGUGUUUUGUUUUCUGAUUUGUGACCAAAUCUGGGUUGCUACUGUAGCUAAUGUUGUGAUUUAUUUUGUGUGACAUGAGUUUGGUGAUUAUGGGUACUGAAGAAGAGGAUAAUAAGAUAGAAAUAUAGAAAUCUGGGAAUGCUGAUAACGGGGUGAAUGUAUUGAGACCGGGAACUGGUUCUGUGAGAAGGAGGGUUAGUUGGUUAGUGGGCAUAAUGGGUGGCAUGUGUUGCAAGCCCUCUGCCAUUGAAGACAGUAAGGAGAGUCCAAGGGAGCGUUUAUCGAGCAAGGCUGUGUCGGACUUGCGUGUAUCUAGGGGAACUUCAUCGAGGAGGGAGGAAGUUUUUAGGGUAAAAGAUAGAUAUGAUAACAAUGAGGGAAGAACGGCAUUGAUUGAUAAGCAAGGGAAUGGUUCUGCUAGAGUGCAAGGUGAUAGUAUUGAAAGAAAGAGGGAGAAAAUGGAAUAUGCUGUUGCUCCACAUCCGGGGAUUGGUAGUGUUCCCAAAGCCAUGGAAGGUGAACAGGUUGCUGCUGGGUGGCCCUCAUGGCUGGCAGCAGUGGCUGGAGAGGCUAUCAGGGGAUGGCUGCCACGGCGUGCAGAUUCUUUUGAGAAGUUGGAUAAAAUUGGACAGGGAACUUAUAGCAAUGUUUAUAGAGCUCGAGAUCUUGAACAAAAGAAGAUUGUUGCUCUGAAAAAAGUGAGGUUUGAUAAUCUUGAGCCUGAGAGUGUUCGCUUCAUGGCAAGGGAAAUUCACAUUCUGCGCAGGCUUGAUCAUCCAAAUGUCAUAAAAUUGGAAGGCUUGGUUACAUCAAGGAUGUCUUGCAGCUUAUACCUUGUUUUUGAGUACAUGGAGCAUGACUUGGCUGGGCUUGCAUCACAUCCUGGACUGAAGUUUACUGAAGCUCAGGUUAAAUGUUACAUGCAGCAACUUUUACGUGGACUUGAUCACUGCCACAGCUGUGGUGUACUGCACCGUGACAUUAAGGGUUCUAAUCUUUUGAUUGACAACAAUGGGAUAUUGAAAAUUGCAGACUUUGGUUUGGCAAGCUUUUUUGAUCCCAAUCAAGCUCAGCCAUUGACAAGCCGAGUUGUCACUCUUUGGUAUAGGCCACCUGAGCUUUUGCUUGGAGCCACUUAUUAUGGCACUGCUGUAGACUUAUGGAGUACAGGUUGCAUACUUGCUGAGCUGUAUGCUGGGAAGCCUAUAAUGCCUGGAAGAACUGAGGUGGAGCAAUUACAUAAAAUUUUUAAACUUUGUGGUUCACCUUCUGAGGACUAUUGGAGAAAAUCAAAGUUGCCUCAUGCAACAAUAUUUAAGCCUCAACAGCCCUAUAGACGAUGUGUUUCUGAAACAUUCAAGGACUUUCCUACACCUGCAAUAGACUUGAUAGAGACUCUUUUGUCCAUAGAUCCUGCUGAUCGUGGAACUUCAGCAUCUGCUUUGAUUAGUGAGUUCUUCUCAACAAAGCCUCUACCUUGUGAUCCCUCAAGCUUACCAAAGUAUCCUCCUAGCAAAGAAUUUGAUGCCAAGGUGCGGGAUGAAGAAGCUAGAAGACAAGGAGGAGCAGGAGUCAAGGGCCAGAGGCAUGAUCUUGAGAGAAAAGGCACAAGAGAAUCACGAGCAAUUCCUGCACCUGAUGCCAAUGCUGAACUGGUCCUGUCAAUGCAGGUUUGGUCAAUUUUGAAGAGGCAAGGGCAGGCUAAUUCUCAGAGCAGGAGUGAGAAGUUUAACCCUCAUCCUGAAGAAGUUGCUUCUGGAUUUCCCAUCGACCCCCCUAGACCGUCACAAGCUGCAGGAGUGAGUGUGGAUCCCCCUGUUCAUCAACACAAAAGAGCUUCCCAUUCAGGUCCAUUGACACACCGUGCCGCAUGGGCCAAAGCUGGGAAGAACCAGGAAGAUGCUCCAAAGGUUUCAAUGGGGGGCGACUUAUCAACAAUAUCAGGCUUAGUUGCGGCAAGGAGGAGUAUGCUCUCUGAUGAUCGCAGAGAAAGGUCUGGAUCAUCACAAGCAGAUGCCCAAAAACUAAUAAGCAGGUUCCCAGGAUCCUUCAAGGAGGCCUCUGAGUCAAUGACGCAACAGGAUCAGAAAAAUAAUCAUGCACAUGCUCCUCAAAAGGAAGAAGGAAGAGCCAGCAGCAACAAAGACUCAAGUCUUGUUGGUUAUGGCUCGAAGGGUCAUAAAAUUCAUUAUUCUGGGCCUCUGCUAGUUCCAUCAAGCAACAUGGAUCAGAUGUUGAAGGAUCAUGACCGGCAAAUCCAAGAGGCGGUUCGAAGAUCAAGAUUAGACAAGGCAAAGAUGAGAAGACUCCAAGCUGAGGGGAACCAGAUAAGCAAUUCAUUAUUUGUUUCUGGUCGUUGAGUUGUAGAACCUGAUGCUGCAAAGCAUCAUUUAAGAAUAUUUGAUUCUUUUUUUUUUUAAUAUUUUGCCUGUACAGGGAGUUAGUAUCCCUCAAUGCCCCUCUGUGGCCAUGUUAGGUAACUCUAGCUCAGAACUCUUCACCAUGUAUUUUCCUUCUUCCACUUCCAAUCAUUAUAUGGCCAUUCUUGCAAAGCUUAUCAGCAUAAGCUGUAGUAGAGUAUUGGGAAACCUUGUCUUCCUUAUGUUUAACUUAUGAUAGAGUAAUUAUCAAUCACUCUUGUUAAGAUGGCUAUGCAUUUAUGUA